CUUCUUCAGGCUUGUGGUAUAAGUCUCAGUUUCUCCUAGAGGCUCAGGUGAACCUCUUCGCCGACGAUGUAUGUCGCAACUAUUAUGGGAACAUGCUCAGUGAUAACAUGUUUUGUGCGGGACGUCCCGACUGGAGCCAGGAUGCCUGCGAGGGAGACUCGGGGGGGCCUCUAGUGUGCGAGGUUGGCAGCACGCUCUUCCUGUUUGGAGUCAUCAGCUGGGGCGACGGCUGCGCACAGGAGAAUCGACCCGGCGUUUACACCACAGUGACCAACUACAACCAAUGGAUAGAAGAGAAGACGGGGCUGACCUCCAUCACUGCUGGCUCCAUGUUUCCUCAGAAAUUAAAAUAGGGACUAUUAUUAACUGCUAUUACUGCUGCUGUUUUCUAAUUUUUCUUGGUGGUCUUUAUUAAGGACUCUUGCAGUAUAUGUUUCCCAUGAACCAAACCAACAAUUCAUUCAUUUGACUAGCUACUAUGGUUGAACUAAAGCCUUAAUUUUCUUAUUCCUCUGCGCAAUAGAGUGGUUUAGUAAUGAGUCAUAAAUCCUGGGAAAUCCUUUUUUUGGGAAGCUGUGGCUAGAAGCUUUAAAUAAGGUCUGUGGUUAAUGUCUUGAUGUACGAAAUCUAAUAUGUCAGUAAAUACCCCACUUGGGAAUAUCCGAAGCUUAUAAGUGACAUGAAAACGGUGGUUGCUAACAACUUCAAGUGACUAAUUUAAACGUCAUUAUGUGGAACAGUAGCCGUCUUUAGCUUAGCGGUGGGGGACACGCAGCCAUGCAACUUAGGUGUAGUUCAUUUAUAGCAUUACAUUAGCCUAAAGUUGUGUAGAGUUGGAAAUCCCUUUGGAUUUUUAAUCAAGGCAGCACAUGCAACGGUAACUUCCGAGUUGGCUGCAAAAAUAUGUCAUCAUAGCAGCACUCCAUUUUUGUUCAACAACACUAAACACUCCCACAUUUUUCCAUGUU